AUGUCCUCCGCCACAGCUCAGGCCCAGGCCGGCAGCGGCAGCUGGUCUGCUUUCCUAAAGUCUAUUGCCUCCUUCAACGGCGAUCUCUCGUCCUUAACUGCCCCGCCCUUUAUCCUGUCGUCGCAAUCGUUGACCGAAUUCUCCUCGUACUGGUCUACACACCCGAAUCUCCUCGUCGCCGCGGCCUCGGAGACCGAUGCCGCGAAGCGCUCCAUGCUGGUGCUCAAGUGGUUCCUUUCCACGCUCAAGCACCAGUACGCCAGCCGUAGCGAGCAAUUCGGCAACGAAAAAAAGCCGCUGAACCCGUUUUUGGGCGAGCUCUUCCUGGGAUCCUGGAAUGAUGAGGCUGGCAAGACGACCCUCGUGUCCGAACAAGUCAGCCACCACCCGCCUGCUACCGCCUACUGCAUUCGCAACGAUAAAACUGGCGUCCAGCUCGAGGGCUACAAUGCGCAGAAGGCCACUUUCCACAGCACAAUCAUCGUCAAGCAGAUUGGCCAUGCCGUGUUGACUAUUCCCGUUGGUGACAAGAAGCAGCCUGAGCACCACCUGAUUACGCUGCCCUCUCUUCAUAUCGAGGGCCUUAUCUUCGGUGCCCCGUUUGUCGAGCUCGAUGGUACCAGCCACAUCACCAGCUCUAGCGGCUUUAGCACCAAGAUCGAGUAUAGCGGCAAGGGGUGGCUUUCUGGAAAGAAGAAUACCGUCAUUGGAACCGUCACCCCAACCGGCAAGGAAAAGGAUGUGUUGUAUAACUCGACGGGGCAAUGGAAUGAGAAGCUCGAGUUUUACUCUGGACCUGCCAAGAAAAACUCCAAGUCUACUCUUGUCGACCAGUAUGACGCUUCCAAGGCUGCGCAGACGGAGCUCAAGCUGGCGCCUGUGGAAAAGCAGCAUCCGCUCGAGUCGCGCCGCGCCUGGGCCAAGGUUGCGGCUGGUAUCCAGAGUGGCGACAUGGACGCUGUUUCGGCCGAAAAGGGCAAGAUCGAGAAUGCGCAGCGUCUUAUGCGACACAAGGAGAUCUCUGAAGAAACCGCGUGGAAGCGCCGCUACUUCACCGCUGUACCUGUUGGCACAACCGACCCUGUUCUGGAACAGAUCGGUGCUGUUGGAGGCGUGGCCCUCGACGGCGAGCGCGACAAGACUGGCGGUCUCUGGAGAUUUGAUGUUAAGAAGGCCGAGGCUGCUGAUGCCGAAAAGCUGACUGAAGAGCAGAUUGCGACGCUGGAAAAGGAAGUGUUGGGCCAAUAG